ACUUAUAAAAAAAAACAUUCCCAAAUUAAUGGGUGAUUCCAAGAGUAGUGGUGUCACUAACAAGGCAUACCAAGGAUUUGGAGACCUCAUAAAACUCCUCCCGACAGGAACAGUUUUCUUGUUCCAGUUCCUUAAUCCAGUGGUCACCAACAAUGGCAAAUGCAGCACCGCAAACAAGUACCUAGACGCCAUUCUAGUCAUCGUCUGCGGCCUCUCUUGUUUCUUCUCUUGCUUCACCGAUAGUUACACUGGAAGUGAUGGAAAAAUCCGAUAUGGUUUCGUCACUAAAAAUGGUCUUUGGUCUUCCACAAGUACCCCAUCUCAAUCCAUUGAUUUAUCAGCAUAUAAGCUAAGGUUGGGAGACUUUGUGCACGCUUUCUUUUCGGUGAUUGUGUUCGCCGGGUUGUCCCUUCUUGAUUCCAAUACAGUGAGGUGCUUCUAUCCGGGUUUUGAGUCCACAAAUUUGCAGAAGACUCUUCUCCAAGUAUUGCCUAUCGUUAUUGGUGUACUUUCAAGCUCUGUGUUUGUGUUGUUUCCUAAUGAUCGCCAUGGGAUUGGAUAUCCACCAAGUGAUAGUUCUUCGAAGAAAACUUCCUCCAACAACUCCAUUAGUAUGGUGGAAAAUCCUACAAACAAAUGAAAUAUUUGGAUAUUAAUUACUAGCUUUUACUUAAUUAAUUAAAGUGUGU